UUUUUUCUAAUUCUCUUCUUUAUCGCUCAACACUAAUUUCCUCAAUUCCCAUUCGCCCUCGGAAACACCUCCCUCUCCCUUGUCCCGUUUCCGCGAUUUCGCGAUAAAAUUGAGGAUCAAAAUCACCCUUUUCGUGAUCUCCAUCGUCGACUCCGAUCGAGAAUCGAUCUCUUUUUUAGGGUUUCCUCCCGGUGGAAUUCGCUUUUGUUCAUCGAGGUGAACCACACAUAAAAGGAAUCAAUUCACAUAUACAAGAAGAAGAAGGGAAAAAAAAAAAAAACAUCCCCAUCUCUAGUGAUUGGGGAUGGAGCAAUUCCGGCAAAUCGGAGAAGCCCUGGGGAGCAUCAGAGCAUUAAUGGUGUUCCGCGAAGAGCUCCGGAUCAACCGGCGGCAAUGCGCCCUCCUAGUCGACGCCUUCAUCCUCGCCUUCGAGAUUAUCGCCGGCGAAAUUCGCGCCCACCUGCUGUUCGAUGAAAAGUUCGCAAAGUGGAAGGCCUUAGAACACCCGCUCCGCGAAUUACACCGGAUCUUCCGUGAGGGCGAGCAGUAUAUCCGCCACUGCCUCGAGCCCCGCGACUGGUGGGCCAAGGCCGUGGCGCUCAACCAGAGCGCCGACUGUGUCGAAUUCCACCUCCACAACCUAUUGUGGUGCGUUCCGGUGGUUCUCGAGGCCGUCGAGAGCGUCGGCGAGAUUACGGGUUGCGACCAAGAAGAGAUCGGAAAGAAGAGGCUCCUUUUCUCGAAGAAGUACGAGAAGGAAUGGAUGGACCCGAAGAUCUUCCAGCUCAAGUACGGAAAGACUUACAUGGUUUCUGAAGAAUUUUGCGCGAGAUUGGACUCGGCGUGGAAGGAGGACAAAUGGGUUCUCUCUCAAAUGAUAGAGGAGAAGAGAAGCUCGGGGUUGCGGACAAAGCAGGAGAACCGGCUCGCGGAGAUCCUCCUCGGCCUGAAGGGGAAGCUCCACCCUGCUUCGGUCUUUACGAGUGACUACCAAGUGAGGAGGAAAUUCGGCUCAAUAGGCCAAUUCAAGGAGGUCCAAUGGAUGGGGGAGAGUUUCGCAGUAAAACACAUGAUCGGAGAUAUCGAGCCGCUAACUAAUGAGAUAGCCCUCUUAUCCUCGAUCAAUCAUCCGAAUGUUAUUCACUAUAUGUAUUCGUUUUAUGACGAGGAGAAGAGAGAGUGCUUCAUUGUUAUGGAGCUGAUGAGCAAGGAUCUCUCCAAUCACAUCAAGGAGAUAUGCUGCCCAAGGAGAAGGAUCCCCUUUCCGUUGCUCGUGGCCGUCGAUAUUAUGCUUCAGAUAGCUCGAGGAAUGGAGUACUUGCACUCGAGGAAGAUUUACCAUGGAGAUUUGAACCCGUCGAACGUUUUAGUUAAGGCGAGGAGUUCUUCUCCUGACGGGUACUUACAUGUGAAAGUUGCUGGAUUUGCGCUAUCGCCGAUGAAGAACACCACCAAAGUAUCAACAAACCAAGGGGCGAACGCGAACCCGUGCAUUUGGUACGCCCCGGAAGUCCUCGAGCAAGAGCAGGUGGGCGAGGGAAAGGGGUCGAAGUGCACAGAGAAAGGGGAUGUGUACAGCUUUUCGAUGAUUUGCUUUGAGCUCUUGACGGGGAAAAUCCCCUUCGAGGACAACCAUCUCCAAGGGGAUAAGAUGAGCAAGAACAUAAGGGUGGGCGAGCGGCCGUUGUUCCCGUCCCAAACUCCGAAGUAUCUGACUAGCUUAACGAAGAGAUGCUGGCAUGCCGAUCCAGCCCAGCGCCCGACCUUCUCUUCGAUUUGUAGGGUUCUUCGAUACGUCAAGAGGUUCUUGAUCAUGAAUCCUGAUCACGGCCAGGCGGAUUCACUGGCGCCGCCGGUGGACUACUUUGAUCUCGAGAUGAGCCUUUCGAAGAGAUUCGCAAGCUGGCAGAGGAAAGAGGCCCCUAGGGUGUCAGAGAUCCCCUUUCAGAUGUUUGCUUUCAGGGUUUUGGAAAGAGAGAAAACUAGUGUGAAUGUUAAGGACCGGAGUUCGGAGUCGGGGAGUGAGGGGGCAUCGGUUUAUGGAGAUGAGAAUGGGUUUGGCGCAAUCCUGCAUGAUGAUGUAGUGUCCAUAUCCAAUGGCUCUGUGAAGUCUUUGCCUCAUAUUGGUUCUGACAACAGCAAGAAAAUAUCGGCGAAGAAGGUGGAUGGAAAGACCAACAAGCAGACAGGCGUGCAACAAAAGGCGAGAACAGUGAAACCUCCACAGCUAACAUCGAGGCGCAGCCUAAGGAUGAACUUCGACAGUCAGCUACAACAAAUGGUGAUGAGCCCAGGAAGGCGGAGAACAUCAGGCCACGCCUCGGACUCGGAGCUAACAUAAAUCUUCACAAACUCGAAGUUCGAUCAGAGUGCUCGUUCAACAAGCGGCGCACGUGCCUUCAUAGUCCUAAUGCUAGAUUUCUUUCCUGCAGAGCCUCGCGUCUUUGUGGUGGUUUCCGAUUAAGGCGACUUUCCGAGCAAUAUUACUGUGGAGGGUUCUGAUUUCUCUUUUUUGCAGAUAAAGGAUGUGAUAUUAGACAUCUUCUUGACGUUUCUUUCACACUUUUUGAGCCCUCCCUGUAAUUGCCGCCGCAAAUAGUGUACAAAACUUGAAGAUAAGAAGCACCAUCAUAGUUGUAUGUUCUACUGCAGCAUUUGUAAUACUCUUUAUUUUGAUUUGAAAUAGUUUCUUUCUCGAUCA